AUGGGUCUCAAGAGGGCAUGGUGUUUCCCAUGGUGUAAGUGCCGGAGACAGCGAGGGACUGAAAGAAGAGCAGGUCUGGAUCCAGCUGCCCCUCCAGAUCCAGACCCCAGCCCAGUUAUGGCCCCCAUUAUGACUGAGGGGGGGACUGAGGGAGGGGUUCCCUCCCUAGGGUCUGGUGCUUACUUCAGCAGGAAAGCCCGACUCUCCUUCCGCCACCAGCUGCAUGACAUAGCAUCAGCCAAUGACUCCACCAUUUAA